CCCUUUUCUAGAGCAGAGAGAAGGAAUGGAGAGUUCUUAUUCUCAGCAGAGAAGCUUUCUUAUUUCUGUCUUUCUUUUAAAUGUAUUAAUAUAUUGGGGAGGAUAUUGGAAGGUGAGUGGUUGCUUCGAUUCCGAGAGAAAAGCUCUCACCACCAUCCGGAAGGCUCUGAACGAUCCCUCCAAUCUUCUUGCUUCUUGGGAUGAUGCCUCUGACUGCUGCAAAUGGAGAGGAAUUACCUGCAACAACAAAACUGGGUUUCUUCUUAAACUCAACCUCCACACAUCUUAUAACUACAGUUUUUGGGCUGAUGGAGGCCUAUUAGAUCCAGCAUUCAGUCUAAGUGGCAGAAUUGAUCCAGCUCUGGUUCAAUUGAAGCAUCUUCAGUUCUUGGACUUGAGCUUGAAUGCUUUUAAUGGCGCACCAAUUCCAGAUUUCCUGGGUUCAAUGAAGGAGUUGAGGCAUCUGGACUUGACAUGGGCAGGAUUCAGCGGGAGAAUCCCUCAUCAGCUUGGAAACCUCUCUAAACUCAUUUCCCUGAAGCUUUUUUCCCAUUCUUUGAGUGCCAAAAACCUUUGGUGGUUGACAAGCUUACCUUCUCUCAGUUACCUCGACAUGUCUAGGGUGAACCUUUCCAUGGCAAGCCAUGAUUGGGUGCACGUACUGAACAUGUUUCCUUCCCUCACUGAGCUACACUUACAAGGUUGUGGUCUUUCAUAUAUUUCUCCAACUCUUCCUUCUAUUAAUUUCACAUCUCUCCGUAUCCUUGAUCUCCGUGGCAACAACUUCAAUUCUAGCAUUCCAAACUGGAUAGCUAACAUUAGUAGCCUCGUGUCCUUGCAUCUCUCAGGGAAUCAGUUGAAUGGGAAUAUCCCUGCAGCUCUUGGAGGAUUGUCUUCCUUACAAUAUUUAUCUCUCGGUGGGAAUCAGUUGAAUGGGAAUAUCCCUGCAGCUCUUGGAGGAUUGUCUUCCUUACAAUAUUUAUCUCUCCGUGCGAAUCAGUUGAAUGGGACAAUCCAAACAACUUUAGGACAACUUUCUAACUUGUCUUCGCUUGACCUCUCUUACAACUCCUUGACAGGAAACGUGUCUGAAAGUGUUUUUGAAAACCUCAAAAAGUUGACGUCCUUAGAUUUGUCUUCCAAUUCUUUAGUUUUUGAUCCACACUCUGAUUGGGCCCCUCCAUUUCAGCUUUCUUACAUUUACCUAGGAUCAUGUCAUUUAAGUCCUCGAUUUCCUCUCUGGCUACGAACACAAAAAUAUGUAGAAGACUUGCAUCUCUCUAACACAACCAUCUCUGGCAUCAUCCCCACCUGGUUUUGGGAUUUAACACCCCACCUUCUUUCACUAAACCUUUCAAAUAACCAGAUUUUUGGCCAAUUGCCCAACCUUUUAAAAAUGCAUCCUCAGGCCGACAUUGAUUUGAGUUUGAAUAAUUUCACUGGUCCCAUACCCUGCUUAUUGAAUGGAGCUAGAGUACUUGAUCUCUCCAACAAUCAAUUUUCUGGACCAAUCCCACCAAAUUUUACAUCCACAAUGCAGUAUUUAGAAUUCUUUUCCGCCAAAGGUAACCAAAUCAGUGGCAUGAUUCCCUCAUCCAUUGAAGGAAUGAAUUCCUUGACUGUCCUUGAUCUUUCAAGAAACAAUAUUGGUGGUAUCAUUCCAUUAAGUUUGGGUAAUUGCGUAGCACUUAAGGCACUUGAUUUGAGCAAAAACAGGUUAUCAGGAGAAAUACCCAAGUCUUUGGGUCAGUUGGGUCAGCUCCAAACAAUGCACUUGAGCAACAAUAGACUAUCAGGAAAAAUCCCUUUGUUCCUGAAAAAAUGUGCUGGUUUGGAGACUAUGGACCUUGGAUACAACAAUUUCUCAGGUCAUAUUCCCACUUGGAUUAGCAAAAGCUUUCCAGCUUUAAGAAUUUUGCGCUUACGAUCCAAUAUGUUUAUUGGCAACAUCCCACCACAACUACUAAACCUAACUUCUCUUCAGCUCCUUGAUGUGGCACAAAAUUGUUUAUCUGGUUCAAUUCCCCAAAGUUUUGAAAAUCUCUUGGCGAUGAAGAAUGAGCAGAAGAUAAACCAUGUUCUUUCCUAUGGAGGGGCGGAAUCAUCAUAUUACAAGGAAAACUUGCUUGUGUCAGUGAAGGGACGAAUGCUUGAAUACACAAAAACAAUUUCGCUGGUUACGUGCAUGGACUUUUCAAGAAAUAAUUUGUCUGGAGAGAUCCCUGAAGGACUCACAAGUCUUUUGGGAUUGCAUGUCCUAAAUUUAUCUGGAAACCAUUUGAUCGGAAGGAUCCCAAACAAGAUUGGUAAAUUGGCAUCACUGGAGUCUCUUGAUUUCUCAAAAAAUCAGCUUUCAGGUACAAUUCCUCUGAGCAUGUCAAAUUUAACUUUUCUAAGUUGGUUGAACUUGUCAUUUAACAACUUGUGGGGAAAAAUUCCAUCUGGAAAUCAGCUCCAGACAUUUCAAGAUCCUUCUAUUUAUAUGGGCAAUGACGGACUUUGUGGACCUCUUCUUCUAAAUAAGUGUGUUAGCGAUGAGACUCCUCUAGGUCCUGGUGACGUUGAAAAAGAUGAAGAAGAGGAUGAGAUGCGUUGGUUUUACUCUGGGCUGGGACCAGGAUUUGCAGUUGGGUUUUGGGCCUUAUGUGGCAUUUUAGUGCUCAAGAGGUCUUGGAGGAUUGUCUAUUACCACUUCUUUGAUGAGAUGAAAGAUAGACUCUUUUAGUAAUUGUCACUGGAUGUUAUAUUGAAGAAGUUUGAUAGAAAUCCAAGUAAUGUGUAAUGAAUAAUUGUUGUAAUGUUGGAUGCUUCACGAUGGUGUUUUUUUUUUUUUUUUUCUAGUACUAUUAAUGAGAGUUGUAAUAGAAAGCUUUAGUGAUGAAUUUGGGGAGAGAAUCGGACGGUAUAGCCCCCUCUAAUGUAUAUAAUAAUUAUCAAUAAAAUUACAAUUGGUGUGCUCC